AUGUAUACAUCUGAGGUAAAAAAAUGUAUGAUACGAAACCAUAAAAAACGAUCACGUACCAAAGUUUUUCGUACAGUACCGUGUUUGGAUGGUAAAUGGUAUGUACCAUCCAUACCUGUUCAUUCACAAUUUUGUGGUAGAAGUGGUACUCCAAGUGAUGUUCGAUAUGAUGAUCAAAAACUCAGAAAAAGCCGUAUACCAAGUGGAAAUAGUGAGAGACGGUUAAUAAAACAACAAAAAGAUCAUAAGUCUGAAUGUUCAUUAGCUCGACCAUUAAGUGAUUUUUUUGGUGCAACAGAACAGCAAAUAACUCGAGUGUGUGGAACUGAAAACAGUUCAGAUUCAAUCGAUCUUGAAAAUAUAAAAGCAGCUAGUCGCACAAAACCCAAUGUAACAUUGGGUGUAAUGUGUCGUGUAGCCCUAACUAUAGGUGAUAAAAUGGCUCAGAGCAAAGAAAAGGUUGGUUUGGAAGCCAUCCGCGGUUUUCGUCUACCAUCAGCUCAUCUUCAGUAUGAAUCAUAUGAACAUCAUCCAAUGAGUGCAGCUGCUGUUCUUGGAGAACGUGAAGAAAGCAUAAGGAGUCGAUUAAAAAGACAAAAUUCUGGUAUUAUAUCACCCCCAAGACCAUGCACAGCUGCCAGUACAUCAUCAAAAUCUCGACCUGAUUCAGUCGUUUUAAAUUCAACCGAUUCUAUAUCUGGCGACAGAAAGAACAUUUUUGAUCGCGAAGAUACUUCUCCAAGUGUAAAUAUUAAAAGUGCGCCAACUAGUUCAUUGAAAAGUCCAGGUAAAACAACACGACGACAACAUCCGUUAAAUGUACGAAUUGGAGAAACGCUUGUACGAUCUGUAUCAGAUGAGAUGACUUAUGAUCGUAAAACCAAUACAGAAACUCCCAGUGAUCACGAUCCGUUAUCGCCGUCUAAACAAAUGUUUGGCGAAAUGGCUGAUACGGAUAAUCUUACCGGCGAACUUGUACCACGUCCGACACCGGACGUCACAGGUCGUUCAUCGGGUUUUACCUAUUCCACCGAUGAUCAAUUGAUGAUAAAACCACUACAUACUCGUCUGACCUCAUCCGAAGAUUUAGUUGAUGAUAAAUCCAUAGUUCAGGCUAAAGGAAAUUAUAAACUAAUAAAAAAUUCAGCAACUCAAGUAUAUAAAACCGUUGAUUCUUCUCAUGAGCGACAUCGACAAAGUACAAGUCAACAAAUGCAACCUGUUAAUAAAUUUAGUGAACUAAAUUUAGCUCAGUUAGAACUGUUAGAAAAUUAUGAUCCAGUUAUAUCCGAGAAGAUUGGCGCUGCUUUUAUACCUAUACAAAUACUAGCUAGGCCAAAAGAUGCAGCUGAUGUGUGUUCAAUGACGAUUAGUGAAAUUGAACAAAAAUAUCCAAAGAAAGACGGUCGACCGGUAUUUAAUCUUCCUCGAUCACAUACAUCAAUUGAUAUUACCCAAACUCUUCAACUAACAAAAUCAAAAUGUUUACCUGCAAGAUGUCAAACCGUCUUAAAACGCAAAUCAAGUCAAGAAGAAAUGAAGAAAGUUUUGAAUAUUGUACCCUACGAAAAGCAACGAUCGCUAGUUGUUCGUACUGUUGUACCACCAACAACAAAGUCGAAUGAUACUGUACGACAUGCAAAUUCCACGAGAACAUCAUGGAAAAAUAAUCGCACAAAUUCCAAUUCAAGUGAUGAUAAAAAUUAUUUGAGUGUACUCGCAAGAACCUUAGAAGACCAAUGGAUUAUUUUCGAUCAAUUAAAAGAAGAAGAGAGAAUGCAAUUAUUAGAAAAAAAUUUGAGUGUAUUAAAUAUCCGAACAAAACAAGAAGUUGCUCAAAUGCGUAAAAGUCCUACAAAGAAACAUCAUAAUGAUAUUAAUCAUACUAUUCGUCUUCAAAAAAAAUUACCAACAAUUGUGGGAAAUGAUCGAAAUCAAACACAACGGAAUAAAAUAAAACAACAAAGACUAACAUCGAGCGUUUUUCUCACACAAGAUUCAGUGCGAUUACGUUUACAUUAG